AUGCCAGGGCGAACGGUCGGUGAAGGACCGGUGAAAGGAGCAGUCGUUUCACAGACAACAGAGGUGAGGGGGCACUGUACAACUGAAGUCCGGCAUUCUGGUCAGGGACUGGCGCUGGAGGAUAUUGAUGCAAGGAGUCGUUGUGCCAGGCCCCUUCCUCUCCCCUCCUCUCCUUUCCUCUCCCCUUGUCUUCCCCCCCCAGUGACUCGCCAGCAGCAGCAGGAGGAGGGGGAUGAGAUGGCAGCAGGGGGCCUAGAGGCUCUCCCCGACUCGCUCUCCUCCCUCACUGCCCUCCGCCAUCUCGACCUCUCCCACAACCGCCUCUCCUCUCCGCCCCUCCACCUCACGUCCGCCCUUCCACACCUCAAGUCCCUCGUCCUCUCUGGCAACCCCUGUGCUCCAUCCACAGCACCACAUGACCACCCUCUGCAGCACUAA